AUGAUUUUAAAAUUAUUAAUAAUAUUAUUUUUUACAUUAAAUACUACAAUAUCUAUAUUUCAAAUUCCUAUAAUUAAAACAGUUCCAUUAAAACAUAAAUUAAUAGCAAAAAAAGUUUAUACUCAUUAUCUUUUAUAUAGAGAGGCUAUAUCAAGUUAUCAUGAAAAAAAAUAUAUUAAUGAUAAGUAUAUUCAACCAGUAGAGGAUGUUCAAGAUAUGAUUUAUAUGGCUAAUAUAUCUAUUGGAACUCCACCACAAAAUUUUAAAGUAGUUCUUGAUACUGGAUCAGCAAAUUUAUGGGUACCUGAUAUUUCAUGUGAAUAUGAUAUACCUGAAAUGAAAAAUAAUUAUGUCCCAAUAUAUAAAAAUUUACCUGAAUGUUCCUCAUUUUGCAAAGUUCUUGAUUAUCAUUCAUGUCCACAUCUUUGUGAUCCUGGAUGUUGUCAAAGUCAAUAUAAAAAACUUUUAAAUAGUAUUUUUAGUUUAAUAAAUUACCAUCAUUCUAAUGAUAGAAAAUGUAAAAGUAAAUCACAGUUUAAUAAAGAUAAAUCAUUAACAUAUAUUAAAAAUGGAACUAAUUUUCAAAUACGUUAUGGUACUGGUAGUGCUAAUGGUUAUCAGGGUAGAGAUAUUGUAUGCCUUACACCAACUUCAUUAUGUAUACCAGGACAAAUUUUUGGCCAGGCAACAAAACUUGCACAAUUUUUUUCUGAUACCCCUAUAGAUGGUAUUUUAGGACUAGCAUUUAAAAGUAUUGCUGUUAAUAAUGUAACUCCACCAAUAAUUAAUGCUUAUAAUAUGAAAUUAUUAGAAAAACCAAUAUUUACUGUUUAUAUGGGACAUUAUGGAUUAAUAGAUAAACAAAGUGGUGGAGCAUUUACUUAUGGUGGAUUAGAUACUAAAAAUUGUGGUAAAGUUAUAGGAUAUCAAAAAUUAUCUUCACCAAGAUAUUGGCAAUUUAAUAUUGAAGGUGUGUCAUUUGAUAUGUUUAGUGAUAAAAUGACAUCAAGUGCAAUAUCAGAUACCGGUACAUCAUUAAUAUCAGGUCCAAAAGGAAUUGUUGAUUUAAUUGCUAAUAAAAUUGGUUCAGUUUUUGAUAAAAAUCUUCAAACAUGGAUUGUUGAUUGUAAAUAUAAGGGACCCUCAAUUGGUUUUACGAUUGGAGGAAAAUUAUAUGAAGUUCCAGUAAUUAAUUAUGUUCUUCCUAUUGAUGGUAAAAUUUGUGAAUUUGGAUUAUUUUCAUUAGAUGGAAUGUCAUUUGGACCAAAAUGGAUACUUGGUGAUCCUUUUAUUAGAUCAUAUUGUCAAAUUCAUAAUUUUAUUGAUAUGACAAUUGGUUUUGCUAAACCAAAAUUACUUAAUUAA